CGAUCUGGUCCUCCACUAAUGUAGCUCAAGUCUCCCGUCUCCCACUAACAGCCUUUUAGCAUCGUCCUCCGUCUCCCGUCUCCCUCUCAUGCAUCCCCCGCGCUGGUGAGUGGUGGCUGCAUGCCACCGACGCCCACGGCGAGGGCUCGCCAGAGUGGGACAUGUAAUGCACUUGGGAACUACCACAAAAGGAUUUUUCACUCUACAACGCAAGCAGUAGAAUGAAGAACACAUCAUGCCGGAUAAAAGAUGUUCAUCGUAAGUUACAAUUCGAAUUGUUACGAAAGGCGACUAAUUAUUUUUCUGAGGAACGGAAACUUGGCUCUGGCACAUUUGGACAAGUAUACAAGGGAGUGCUUGAAGAUGGAGAAGAAAUUGCUGUGAAGAUUCUCCAAUUCAUGCCACAGAUUGACAGUCAGCAUUUCGAAAAUGAAUUUGGACACCUAAAGAGGCUGAAGCACGAAAACAUUGUGCGAUUACUGGGCUUUUGCGAUGAAUCAGAACCAAUAAUUGCACAGUACGGUGGAAGACAAGUCCAUUGUGAAGUGAUACACAGGGCACUCUGCCUCGAGUAUAUGCCAAAUGGAAGUCUUACCAAGCUUCUUUCUGAAGAAUAUACUGGGACGAAUUGGUCCAUACGGUACAAAAUAAUUAAGGGAAUAUGUGAGGGUUUAAAAUACCUGCACGAGGGAUUGGAAGUUCCUAUUUUGCAUUUGGAUCUAAAACCAGAUAAUAUACUUCUAGAUCAGGGUAUGGUACCUAAAAUUGCAGAUUUUGGUUUAUCAAGACUUUUCGGUGAAGAAAACACUAUACGAACAAUGUCUCCACUAGGGACACUCGGAUACUGGCCACCGGAAUUCAUAGACAGGGGAAUAAUCUCAAAAAAAUAUGACAUAUUCAGUUUGGGUGUUAUAAUUAUGAAGAUAAUUGUUGGACUUGAGGGCUACUCGAGCAUUGCUGAUAUAGAUGCCGGAGGAUGUUUUGAUUAUGUAUACAACAACUCGAGGCCAAACUAUGCAUUUGUCGAACCAGAUUAUGAAAGAGUAAGGUGUUGUAUUGAGAUAGCUAUAAACUGCAUGGACAAGGACCGACGUAAAAGGCCUAGAAUUAGUGAUGUUGUCAGUAAAUUAGAUGAAAUAGAUUUUUUUUCAAGCCUGCAACAGCAUCCUGCUGUGAAGGAAGCUGAAGGGUCGACGGUCACCAUGCACAUCCAAGAGGAGUGGAACAACCAGGUUGACACUGACAAGCUGGUAGUGAUAGACUUCCCUGCGACCUGGUGCUCAAUGUCCCGUGGGAUGGCUCCGGUUUUUGCUGAUACUGCCAAGGAGUUCACAAAUGAAACUGUUUUAUCAGAAUCAGAUCAAUUUUAUUCCGCAUCGCAAGCAAUUAGAAAGAUACUGGAGAUCAGUUAUGGUGAUCUACCUCUUCCAGUGAAGUCUUGCUUCCUGUACUUGACUGCUUUUUCAGGAAAUCAUAUGAUCAAGAAAGAUCGUCUGAUACGAAGAUGGGUAGCUGAAGGGCUAAUCCCUGAAAGGCAUGGAAAGAGCUUGCUGGAAACAGGGGAGAGAUACUUUGUUGAGCUUAUCAAUAGGAGGCUGAUCCAACCGGCCUUUGACAACGACGAUGAUCAGCCAACUGGCUGCACUGUUCAUGGUGACGUAGCGAAUUUCAUGGCAUCCUUGUCAAAUGAAGAAAACUUCAUUACACCGGGUGCAGAGUUGAAUUCCGGACUAUUUCGGCAAGUUAGCCUUGACAUCAACUAUGGUUAUGAACACGAAGGUGAUACCUUGUUCUCGGACAUGUGUUGUCUUCUAGAACAGAAGAGUUGGGUGGUUUCAUGCAGUGAUGAAAACUCAAGCGGUGGCAUCAAUGAAGCAAUUUCUCUGCACCUAUAUAGGGUGCAAUCCAUUGCAUUUUGGGCCUUCAAACACGUGCGGGUGCUGGAUCUUGAAGAUACCAAGGGCUUGGAAAACAAACAAUUGGAAAGCCUUGGACGUCUGUCUCUGCUGAGGUACCUGGGAUUGAGCAGGACCGAUGUCACCAGGUUGCCUCCAGAAAUCAUGGCACUUAAACAAUUAACUACCUUAAAUCUAAGGCAAACCAGAGUGAGAAGGCUACCGAGAUUUGGAGACAUGAAGCUGUUGUCCCUGCUUGUCGAUGAAUUGAUAAUUCUGGGAGUAAUGGGGGGAAUGCAAGAAUUGGAGGAACUAUCGAAAGUCCUUCUAGGUCCGGAUGGCUCGCUUGCUGGCGAUGUGGCAAGGCUUGUUACUAAAUUGGGGCGGCUGAGGAUGCUUGGGGUAAGAUUUAGUCAUUUGCUUGGUCUGAAUGAAACUGAUCGGCAGGGAGUGAAGCAUUUCCUCGAGGAGGUGGGGAAAUCAAACCUGCAGUCCCUCUUUCUUGACAACUACCACCAUCAGCUACUUGACUUACUGGCUGCUUCAAGCUGGGCCCACAAUAGGCCACAUCACCUGCGAAAAUUUGAGCUGAGGAUGCAUGAAUGCCUCCCACUGGUCCCACCAGAGAUCGCUUCGCUGAGAGCCCUCACGCACUUGCAUAUCCAUGUAGAAGCAGUCGAAGCAGAAGCUGUCCGCGCCCUUGGGUACUUGCCUAACUUAGUCCUCCUAAAGCUACGUCUAAGUACGAGCACAGGGCUGGCAGUGGGUAGCAAGGAUGGAUUUCAUUGCCUCAAGGUGUUUUCGUAUCACGGUGCAUUAGGGCUGCAGUUUGAAGAAGGAGCCAUGCCACAGCUCCGGAGGCUUUGCCUAGACCUUGAUGCCCGGGAUGAAAUGCCCGAAUUAGAAUCUUUGGAAUUUGGCAUCCAGCAUCUCACUUGUCUAGUGCAGGUCCGUGCAACUAUUCACUGCAAGGAUACUUUGACAGCUUCAGAGGUGGAGGCAGCAGAGGCCCACAUCAGAGGCCAAGUAUCUCUGAACCCCAACAAUCGGGUAUUCGAAUUGAACAGAAGAGUGCAGCGCUCUGCUGCGAAGGCAGCCGAAGCGCCGGUGAUCGCCAUCCAGAGCCUGGAUGAGUGGAGCAGCCAGGUCUGCCCCGACAAGCUGGUGGUGGUUUUCUUCACUGCGAGCUGGUGCAGACCGUCCCACAGGAUGGAUCCAGUUUUUGCUGAUCUCGCCAAGAAGAACCCAAAUGUGGUUUUCCUCAAGGUUGAUGUUGAUGUUGGUGAAAUGAGCAUUAUUGCUAAGCAGUUGAGUGUUAAUGGCGUACCAACAUUCCUCUUCAUGAGGGAGGGCACAGUUAAGGACAGGGUUCUUGGCGCAGACAAGGAAGAGCUGGAGGAGAAGCUUUUGGAGCAGUUGUCCCUGAUGCCUUGGCUGCGCCUCUAUGUUUGAUGGCACCGCAUAUGCAGUAUUAAUUCCAUCUUCUGCUAUUAGGUUCCUGCAAACUAAUGACAUAAUGCCCCCCCUUUUUUUGGCAAAAUGCAUGUUUUUGUUUAUAAAAGAAAUGGUUGAAGCACAACAUUUCUAAGGUUGAUGAUAAUGGAAACUUCAGUUUUUGCUGUUUCCAAGAGCGCUACAAUGCUUUAAGUUGAUGAAUGAAACAAUCAAUUUUAAUACAUAGUGUCAUUUUGUUGUUUAUUGUUGGAAUAUAAGUGAAUUUCCUAUCUCUCCUUAUCAGCCUUUUGGGUUGAAUUGGUUGGUGCAUGCAACUCAAUAUAGCAUCAGAGCUAGAGGUCUCGAGUUUGAAUCCUGGUUAGCGCAAUUAAAUGAAAAUAUAAUUGCUGCUUGCUCCUAUUCCACGUCUGAGGUAUGAGGGAGCCUCCACGUGAGGGAGAGUGUUGGAAUAUAAGUAAAUUGCCCAACUCUCCUGGUCAGCUUAACCUUUUGGGUUGAACUGGUUGGUGCAUGUAACUCAAUAUUUCUUGCUGACCUGAUUGUGCCAUGCUGAAGAAGUCGGAGCCAAAUAUACCAUUCUUUAUGCUUCUCAACCAUCUGGUUUACUGGAGAAGAAAAAUACUACUAAGGCUGGCCUUGGCAAAUGUGAUGGAGAGUGCCUAGUCAAGUCAACUUUUCUGGAGGGGACUUUUGUUGUAAGUUGUUACCUGUACUCUGUUUCAUUCGUGGUUAGCUGUAUUAUGAAAUGUACACUCAUGUGUGAGACGAUACUUCACAAAUCAAUAUGCACGCCUGUCUACUAUGUUCAGGGAAUAGUGCUUCCUAUCA